CCCGAGAACCUCGAGAGGGAGGUGACGGGACGCUGCGAGGUGGGGGAGGGGAGUAGCCGAGGGGGGCGUGCAGGGGAGAUGGCAACUGUGGGAGAGGGCAGGGGUAGGAGCAUUGGGAGGGGCGUAAACAAGGACCGAGACUGGGCCAGGCCAGGGGUAUUAGAGAGGCCGAGGUAGGGAGUGGGGCUGUGAUCCGGCCGGAUUGAAGGGGAUAGGAGUAGGAGAGAGAGGCUGAAGGUGCCAAGGGGAAGGGGGCUUGUGGCAUGUGGUUGGAGGGAGGACUGGACUCUUGUGAGGGGUGUCGUAAGGUGGUGGGCAAAGGUGAGGCUGGACUUCAGACGUUUUUUGGGGGGAGUUGAAAGUGUUAAAUUGGAGGUGGGAGGGGGAAGGGCCCAGGGGAGAAUUUGGUUGGAAAAAGAGAGGACGGAGGUUUGGGGAAUGGAAAGAGUGUCGGUGUAACGAGGUAAUAGAGAAAGUGAGAGACUGGGAGGAAAGUUUGGGAGGAAGGGAACGGGAUGAGAGAUAGGACAGGGGAGCUGCACGGGUGAUAGAGGUUCAAGGGUUUCCCUUUCCCAGUGGAAAGGAAGAGAGCAGUUAAGCAGCAUCAGUUGCAGCCAAUUCUAAUUGCCAGGUCCUUAGCUUUUAAUAGGGUGGGAAGGGCAGCAGGGAAUGGUCAUGUGGGUUUGGAGAAUUGGGGUUGGAUGAGGAUUCGACUGGAUUUGCUUUCCAAAAGUCUCCUUAGCUUACUGUUCACUUGUUUUUCCUGGUUACCAAAAGAAGGGAAAAUGGGGAAGCUGGUGUUGCCCGAGUGUGGAGGAGCAAAGGACUUUUUCUAGUUUUUAUCAGUUAGCAAUACAAGAGCAGGGAAACAGACAUAGCUAUAUUGGAGCCCUGUAUAUAUAGUGGAGACUCUUGAAGUCUGAAGAGGAAACAGAAAAGACAGGAUGGCAUCUAGGCAGCCAGGCUAAUUAAAUGAAUGCUUUAAUUUCCAGACCCUUUUGCUGUUUUAAGUGCUAGGAGGAAGGGGGUCAGUAUGCGGUCCUGUAUAUAGAAAAACUUUCCCUGGUAAAACAUAGAUGUAUGAGUGGAUGCUGCCCUAGUGGAUAUUUUGUUCUCAUUGUGUGCUAGUUAAGGGAAAGGACUGAAAAUAGAAUUUGGAGGAUGGUUGUGGUCUCAUAAGUGAAGUUGAUGGGAAGAAAAUUCCUUUUUUUUGCUGAAACCAUUUAUCUUGUAAUUCUCUCUAAAGAUGAAAGUUAAUAUGUAACAAAAUAGAUGAAAUAAAGAGUUGAAUUUUCCCUGAAGUUAAGGAAUUUAGGACCUUUCUUAUUAUGAGCCAUGGAGACUGGAAAUUCUUGGAGUUGGUAAUGUUUUGUGAAUUGACUAGCAGAGUGAGGGAAGCCUGUGGACUUUGUUGGGGGAAGAGACCUGGGAAAUUAAGUUUCUUGCAGAGUACAGUGGGAAUUACAGCUGCUGACCAGGGAUUCUGGAAAGCAUUGCGUACCUGAGCCUCCACCAUGGCGGGCCUAAAGCGGCGGGCAAGCCAGGUGUGGCCAGAAGAACAUGGUGAACAGGAGCAUGGUCUGUACAGCCUGCACCGCAUGUUUGACAUCGUGGGCACCCAUCUGACACACAGAGAUGUGCGUGUGCUUUCCUUCCUUUUUGUUGAUGUCAUUGAUGACCACGAGCGUGGACUUAUUCGAAAUGGACGUGACUUCUUGUUGGCGCUGGAGCGCCAGGGCCGCUGUGAUGAGAGUAACUUUCGCCAGGUGCUGCAGCUGCUGCGCAUCAUCACUCGCCAUGACCUGCUGCCCUAUGUCACCCUCAAGAGGAGACGGGCUGUGUGCCCUGAUCUUGUAGACAAGUAUCUGGAGGAGACAUCAAUUCGCUAUGUGACCCCCAGAGCCCUCAGUGAUCCAGAACCGAGGCCUCCUCAGUCCCCUAAAACAGUGCCUCCUCACUAUCCUGUGGUGUGCUGCCCCACUUCGGGUCCUCAGAUGUGUAGCAAGCGGCCAGCUCGAGGGAGAGCCACACUUGAGAGCCAGCGAAAACGCCGGAAGUCAGUGACACCAGAUCCCAAGGAAAAGCAGACAUGUGACAUCAGACUGCGGGUUCGGGCUGAAUACUGCCAACACGAGACUGCUCUGCAGGGCAAUGUCUUCUCUAACAAGCAGGACCCACUUGAGCGCCAGUUUGAGCGCUUUAACCAGGCCAACACCAUCCUCAAGUCCCGGGACCUGGGCUCCAUUAUCUGUGACAUCAAGUUCUCUGAGCUCACCUACCUCGACGCAUUCUGGCGCGACUACAUCAAUGGCUCAUUACUAGAGGCACUUAAAGGUGUCUUCAUCACAGACUCCCUCAAGCAAGCUGUGGGCCAUGAAGCCAUCAAACUGCUGGUCAAUGUGGAUGAGGAGGACUAUGAGCUGGGCCGACAGAAACUCCUGAGGAACUUGAUGCUGCAAGCAUUGCCCUGACCUCUUUCCCUUCUCACUUCUCUGGGGACUGUUCGCACUACCCACCUCUGGAGCUUACAUACCGUUCUGGGGUUUGUUCUCUACCCUUCCAACGAAUCACAUCCCUGCCUUUUUUUUUUUUUUUUUUUUUUACAGGACUAUACAAAGGAAAAGUGGAAGUGGUGUUCCCUACCCCUCCCUGCACCCACGUGCCUGGGCCUCCCCUUUGUUUCCCUUUUCCCCUUAUCCCUGAAUGUGUGUCUCCACAGCCACCUUCCCACUGAGCCGUAAGAGAAAUGUAUAGGGAGAAACAAAGUCUAUACAACAUAGUCUUUGUGAGGGAUUGGAGUGAACACUGCUUUUGGGUGCAUUGAGGGGUUAUCAAUACUUCUGGCUUUAUGAGGGCUCUUAAAUUUUGUCUAAAAAACCAAAGGGCUUGUGAGUAAGGGAGCUAUGUGGAAGUUGGGACUCUGAAGUGUAUUUUGGAAAUUACUACCCUCUUCCAAAUUAUAGAAUUUUUAAAAAACACAAGCUGUGGCCCUUUCCACUCUCUCCUGGCCUCUGGUGCUGCUCCUCUUUGCCUUCUUUCCUCCAUUCCAUGGCUUGAAACCUAUGCCUGAUAUGGCUCCUUCCUUUUUCCCAUUUGUCAAACCCUCUUCAAGAGAGAAACCAUUAAGAGGACUGGGUCAGCCUAGUCACCCCUCCCAUCUGUGGUGUGUGUGCACGUACACACGAAACACAGGGUGGAUGGAGAAGAGGUUGCUGAUUAAAAUACACUCCCCCUGUAAAGGGGAAGGGGGAGUGUGAUACUUUCCUUCAUGUUCAAGUGAAAAUAAAUAAUAUACCCUGCA